AUGCGCCUUGCUUCCCUCUCUGGUUACGCGUUCCUUGCGUGGGUGAGUGCUGCGCAAGACAUCGCAACUGACCCAGGCGUCGCUGGCCCUCCAUUGGAGAUUGCCCACCUGUACUACGACCAGUGGCCCACAGGAAUUGCCGUGUCUUCUAGUGGACGGCUGUUCUCGAAUUACCCGUCGGGAUUGGAUCCAGAGAACACGAACGAUGGCAGCAACAACAAGUACGCAGUUGCGGAGCUCUUCGCAAACAACACUGAACGUCCCUAUCCGAGCGCCGAGUUCAACAACCCCCCCGGCGGUUCCAUCAACUACACUACGAACCCACCCAGUAAGUCAACAGAUCCCAUUUUUCAGGGAAAUCGUAUUAGCUCACGCAACGCUCUUCUUCCAGGCGGAGCGAACUACCAAGACCACCUCAUAGGCGUCCAGAGCGUCGUCAUCGACGCCCUCGACCGCCUCUGGAUCCUCGACACGGGCCGCGCCCUCACGGCCGACGGCACGCUCGUCCCCGCGUCGGUGGGGGGGCCGAAGCUGAUCGGCGUCGACCUGGCCACGGACAAGGUCAUCCAAACCAUCGUCUUCCCGCCCGACGUCGCGACGCCGUUCUCGUAUCUCAACGACGUGCGCUUCGACCUGCGCGCCAACCUCCCCGCCGGCGGUGGCGAGGGCGGCGUCGCGUACAUCACCGACUCGUCCAACGAGGGCCGCAACGCCAUCAUCGUCGUCAACCUGGCCAGCGGCGCCGCCUGGCGCCGCCUCGACGGCUACCCGGGCGUGCGCGCCGAGGGCCAGUUCGUCGCCCACGUCUGGGGCGAGCCGGUGUACGGCCUGCCGCAGGGCGCCGGCGGGCCAGUCGCCUACGCGUCCACCGGCUCCGACGGCAUCGCCCUGUCGGCCGACGGCGACGAGCUCUUCUGGAGCCAGGUCGCCGGCCGCCACAUCCACGGCGUGCCGACGGCGCGCCUGCGCGCCACCGAGGCCACGAGCGAGGUGCUGGCGCAGGCGAGCGUGACCAAGCGCGGCCAAAAGGGCUUCAGUGACGGCUUCGAGACCGACUCGAACGGGCUGGUGUACGUGGGCAACAUUGAGCAGAACGCCGUCAAUUGGUACAGUCCUGCCAACGGGACGACGGGCGUCUUUGUGCGGGAUCCGCGCAUCAAUUGGAUUGAUACUUUUUCGGUGUCGGAAGACGGUUACCUUUAUUUCACCAUCAACCAACUCAAUCGCUCUCCGUCGUUUUAUCCCGGAACGGAGAGGCGCGUGCGGCCGUAUGUGCUCUUCAAGGUCAAGCUCCCUGAUGGUGGAAGCAAGGUGUUGCUUCGUUAA